AGUGCUUCUGUUUUUAGAGUUAAAAUGGAGCAACAUUUAGAUAAAGUUUUAAAGGAAAUCGUUCAACAGCCUGAUACCGUAGGAUGUUUAAUAGCUAAUCGUCAGGGUCUAUGCCUAGGAGCAAAAGGUAAAAUUAAUCUAAAUAUGUCUGGCAUUGGAAUGGCCAUAUCGGAACAAGCCUGCAAACUGGAACCAAAUCAAAAUCCACCUACUAUCGUUUUGUACAGUGGGAAUAAACGUUGCAUUAUUCAAAAGGAUGGCGAAGUGACGGGUGUUAUUUAUAAACAAAGUGCGCAUUAAUAACGAAAUACCGGCAUCGUGGCACUUGCUUCCAUAUUAUAAUCAUUGUCAACGCUGUAAACAGCGACUAAUCAUUUUACCUUGCUUUGCUGAUUAAAUUAUAUUUGAAUAAGAGAAACCAAAUUUGGAACUUAAACCAAUAGC